AUCCACAAAAGAAGAAUCAAUGGGCACAGGCAGUAUAUCAGUUGUGAUUCUGCUUGUUUUGGUGGGAGGAGACACCGCCUUGUCCGGCGGCGGAGAAUGGCAGCUCCUUCAAAAGAGCAUAGGCAUAGUGGGAAUGCACAUGCAGCUUCUCCAAAACGACCGCAUUGUGAUAUACGACCGCACCGAUUUCGGCCUCUCAAACCUCUCUUUACCGAACAACCGUUGCCGCCAUAACCAGAGGGAGAUGGUUGUCACCAUAGACUGCACUGCUCACUCCGUCGAAUACGACGUCGUUUCCAACACCUUCAGGCCACUCUUUGUUCAGACUGAUGUCUGGUGCUCUUCCGGUUCGGUUUCGCCCAACGGAACUCUUGUUCAGACCGGAGGAUUCAACGACGGCGACCGCGCCGUUCGCACCUUCUCGCCGUGUUCGCCAAAUGCUACUUGCGACUGGAUAGAAUUUCCCGGCCAACUCUCCGUCCGCCGCUGGUAUGCCACCAACCAAAAGCUACCGGACGGUGGACAAAUUGUGAUUGGUGGCCGGCGACAAUUCAACUACGAAUUUUACCCAAACAAUGAUUUAUUAGCAACACAACACAUUCAUAGUUUACCAUUUCUUGUUCAAACAAACGACAUUGGAGCAGAGAACAAUUUAUACCCUUUCGUAUUUCUCAAUGUUGAUGGCAAUCUUUUUAUCUUUGCCAAUAAUAAAUCCAUACUCUUCAAUUAUGCUAAGAAUGUUGUUGUCAAAACUUAUCCAGAUAUUCCAAAUGGGGAUCCAUUACCAUUGAAAAUGUUACAAGAUAACAAUUCAUAUGUGGAAGCUGAGGUUUUGGUUUGUGGUGGAGCCCCAAAAAAUUCUUUUAAGUAUGCUAGGGCGGGUCGGUUUUUCGGAGCUUUGAAUACCUGCGGUCGGAUUAAAAUUACCGACCCGAAUCCAAAAUGGGUUAUGGAGACAAUGCCUAAGGGUAGAGUCAUGAGUGACAUGAUUAUGCUUCCAAACGGCAACGUUUUGAUUAUAAACGGAGCUGGUUCGGGUACUGCCGGUUGGGGAUAUGCCCGCGAUCCGAUUUUGAACCCAUUUCUCUACAAAACGGAUAAUCCAAUUGGGUCAAGAUUUGAAGUCCAAAAUCCAACUACUAUUCCACGCAUGUACCAUUCAACAGCAAUUUUGGUUCGUGAUGGUAGGGUUAUAGUGGCGGGAAGCAACCCUAAUAAGUAUUACAAUUUCACCAACGUGUUGUUUUCUACUGACUUGAGUGUCGAAGCAUUUUCUCCUUCUUAUUUAGAACCCGCUUUCAAUCAUUUACGACCUAGAAUUAUGUCACAAUUUCAAGACCAAUUGAUUUAUGGUCAAAUGUUGAGGGUGCAAUUUCAAGUGGAAGCAAUGUUGGCUCAAGAUUUGGUGUAUGUGACAAUGUUGGCGCCACCUUUUAACACACACUCGUUCUCCAUGAAUCAAAGAUUAUUGGUGUUGGAGAAAAUUAAUGUUACUAAGGUUUUUGGGGCAUCAACUUAUGAAAUUGAGGUUACCACACCAAAGUCACCAAUUCUUGCACCACCCGGUUUCUACAUAAUAUUUGUGGUACACCAACAAAUUCCUAGUGAGGGUAUUUGGGUCCAAAUACUUUGAUUGUUUCAUUUGUCAUAAAUGGUUAAAGAAAUAUUUAUAUUCUUUUCAUCUUUUUGGAAUACAAUUUUUUUCCAUA